AAUGGCGAGUAUUACAUAAAGGAAAUGUAGAGAUAUAUUCUUACUUGGUCUAAAAUCUAAUUUUAAACGAUUAAUGAUGUUAUAGAUGAUAAUGCUCGCUUUGCACACCUCAGCUGUUUUCUGUCAGGUGAUUUUGACAUUCUUAUCUACUUCCAGAUUAAAUGAAAUCAUCUGUUACAACAUCGUUCACAUCAUACGUCUAGCACGAGCUGCACGAGAGUUUAUACAUGGAAUUCAUGCACUGGAGUGAUUACUGGUGCAGACGGCUGUGAUACAGCCCUUUAAUAACUUUUACAUUUAACCCACGAAACAAAAAUAUCAAUGCAUUUUUCUUGAUAAAUAAGAACGUAAAGAUGUCGGGCAAAGAGUACGACAGUGAAAUGGAUUAUUCCGAUUCAGACUGCGGAGAUCCAGGCUACGAAGACUAUUAUAAUGUUCAGCCAUGGGGUGGUGAAGUUGACAAUGACAUAGAUCCUGAUCAAAACAGAAGAGAUCCAGAAUAUGCUAUAUACGAUUGUCUACGGGUCGAAGAAGUGGAAAGACUUUUGAAUGAAAAUGUAGAAAUGCUAAGUAAUAGUCUUCACAUAACACCGUCGUUAGCCAAAGUUUUAUUACACGCACACAAUUGGGCAUUGCAAGAUAUCAUCACAAAGUACCGUACCAAUGCUUCCAGUUUAUUAAUUAAUUCAAAAAUAAAACCAAUACCUUCAUUGGAUUCAGUGCCAGGAUUGAAAGGUCAAAGGGGUGGAUUGUGUUCAGUGUGCAUUACAAUUUAUUCAUCUGAAAAGUUUUCUACAUUAACGUGUGGACACUCUUUUUGUAAAGACUGUUGGUGCAUGCAUUUUGAAGUACAAAUAACUCAAGGUAUUUCCACAGGAAUAAGCUGCAUGGCACAGGAAUGCGAUGUAUUAGUUCCAGAAGACUUUGUUUUAUCCCUACUCACUAAGCCUAAUAUGAGGGAGAGGUAUCAACAAUUUGCUUUCUGCGAUUAUGUGAAAUCUCAUCCCCAGUUGAGAUUCUGUCCUGGCCCCAACUGCCAAAUAGUUAUGCGUUCAAAGGAACAACGGGCAAAAAGAGUUAUAUGUACAACCUGUAAAACGAUAUUUUGCUUUCGUUGUGGUAUGGAUUACCAUGCGCCCACCGACUGCAAUACUAUUAGAAAAUGGCUGACGAAAUGUGCAGAUGAUUCAGAGACAGCUAACUAUAUUAGUGCUCACACCAAAGAUUGUCCAAAAUGUCAUAUUUGCAUAGAAAAAAACGGCGGUUGUAAUCAUAUGCAAUGUUACAAUUGUAAGCACGAUUUCUGUUGGAUGUGCCUUGGAGAUUGGAAAGCACAUGGAACGGAAUAUUACGAAUGUUCACGCUACAAGGAAAAUCCCAACAUUGCUCACGAGAGUGUUCAUGCACAGGCACGAGAAGCUCUUAAGAAAUAUCUGCAUUAUUAUGGGAGGUGGGAAAAUCACAGUAAAUCAUUAAAAUUAGAAGAACAAACUCUAGAAGGUAUAAAAAUGCGAAUAAAUAAAAAAGUAAUGAACGCUAGCGGAACAUGGAUCGAUUGGCAGCAUUUAUACGAGGCUGCGUCGCUUUUGGCACGCUGUCGCUAUACUUUACAGUACACUUAUCCUUACGCUUAUUACAUGGAACCUGGACCCCGCAAAGAAUUGUUUGAGUAUCAACAAGCGCAGUUGGAAGCAGAGAUAGAAAAUCUUUCUUGGAAAAUAGAACGAGCAGAAACUACAGAUCGUGGGGAUCUAGAAAAUCAAAUGGACAUCGCAGAGAAGCGUCGCGUUACUUUGUUAAAGGACUUCCUCGAGGUUGAUGUUUGCAGAGAGAAGAACGGAAAUUCCAAUGUUCUAAAGUAAGAUUCGGUAAGCUGAGUUAUGUAAUCAUACAUAACGAAGAAUUCCAUAGGUGUACGAAGAGAAGCGAAUACCGGAAAAAAGGACGAGUAGGAAAGUAUUAAUUGACCGACUGAUUGUUAAAAUUUUCUAUAGAAUGUAUAUUAAUUUCCUAGUCUAAGAAUAUUUCCAGAGAUAUCGUACGAUGCAGCGCUUUCUUCGAAAUUUAAUAUUUAGGGACUAUUUUUGUCGACGCUUACCGCACAGUCCGCCAGAAGACGUAAUAACAAUGCGAAUCAUUUAAAUACAUUCGCAAUGCGUAUUGUCAAAUUUGAAUGCGAACAUCGUUGAUCAAUGGACUCUCCAACCUUUUCUUUCAAGUAUUGCUACUAUUUAAGAUAAGUUUUAGUACCAAUGACCGACUUAAAAAAAAAAAAGAAAAAGAAAGCAGGUAGCCUAACGAAUACUUAGGUGCCAAUGAACGGUACCUCCCAUCGUGUAAAUACUGUGGUAAUGUAAAGGAUGUGACGUUUUCUAUAAUUAGAGUGUAAGAUGUAUGCAACGAUCAAAGACAUCCGUGACGAACAUAGCCGUAAUACAUUCUUUGUAAACUAUUUAAACAUGAAACGCUAGAAUAGAGAUGAUAUUCUGUGAAGGAACGAUGAUCACUCGUCGAAGGAUCUUGUUACAACUAACAGCCAUUGUGCAAAAAUGAAUGUAGCAACUACUGUGUCACUAUGAAAAAUAAAGUUUAUCGCAACAAUCGCAUUUUUUCAAAGAUAA